AAAAACUUCCUGCAGGAGAGGAGAAGCGUGCCAAAGCUCCAGAAAGAAAAGCAGCAACGAGCGCGCGCGCGAGAGAGUGUGUGGGCCACCUUCAAGAGAUUCCCUCCUCAUCUUUAAGGAUAUCUAUACAUUCCUGUAACCACGGCUUCGAAGGUGGACAACGUUUUUUCCUCUCUAUCCCUGCAUUUCUUCAAGAAAGAAAUGGAAGAGGGCUCCAGCUCCCCGGUGUCCCCUGUGGAUAGUCUGGUGACCAGCGAGGAGGAGCUGGACAGGCAGCAGAAGCGCUUCGCGAGGAAGAGGAGGCACAGUAAAAAGUCCAGCGAGGACAGCAGCAGCGGCAGCAGCCCGGGUCCGGUCAAGCGCGGCAAGAAGCCGAGCCCGAGCAGCACUCAGUCGUACGAGGAGCUGCAGAACCAGCGGGUGCUCGCGAACGUCCGGGAGCGACAGCGGACUCAGUCUCUGAACGAGGCCUUCGCGUCUUUGCGCAAAAUCAUCCCCACGCUGCCCUCGGACAAACUGAGCAAGAUACAGACGCUGAAGCUCGCCUCCAGAUACAUAGACUUUCUCUGUCAGGUGCUGCAGAGCGACGAGAUGGACAGCAAGAUGUCCAGCUGCAGCUAUGUGGCGCACGAAAGACUCAGUUACGCCUUCUCUGUGUGGAGGAUGGAGGGCGCUUGGUCUAUGUCCGCGACCCACUAGCACCAAGAGACCUUCACUGACUAAUGCCAAAGCGACUGUUUACUUCUACAAAGUAUGAAGACCAAAGGUAAUAAAUGAAGAACCCAUAGACCUCAAAG